UUAUCGAUUAGUGUCCAGAAGAAGGUGUUGUGGGUUUGGGUUACCAUUCCCUGCGAGAAAGGGAUCGGUUCCUGCAGUUACGACGAUGUCUGUCAAAUAGUCACCAAAUUUAAGUGUCCACAAGCGUUCAAGAAGUACGGCAUCCCCUGCCAGUGUCCCUUAACGAAAGGUAUCUACGGUUUGCCAUCGAGUGUUGUGGUAGAUAUAGACAAAUCGAUACUUCCCUCGUGGCUCGAGUCUGGCUCUUAUAAAGCGAGGGCUAAGUUAACCGACAGCACAUCCAACCAAAUACUAUGCAUUGAUGUCUCGCUAUCCGUCAAAGCAAAGGCUACACACUCUAAACAGUGCCUCAAUUUUGUCUGA